CAUUCGGACAUCAUGUCGAAUCCAUAAUUCAUCUAACUGGAACGCAUUACUUUCCUAGUAAUUCGUUUAAUUGCUCUCUCUUGCAUGCACUGCAUUUGAUCUCUCCCCAUCCAAUUAAACCAACACAAGGGAAUAGUAUUCCAAUCCACAUAAGAGGAAGCGGCUUACAUGAAUUAAUAAAUAAGGCCGUCUUAUCGGGGGCCUUGUCACGCAACGCGCUAAAGCUUAGGAUUACCACGGCGCAACUUUCGAAGGGUUGGGAGCCACACGCCCACACCCACAUCCACGCCCACGCCCACGCUCACGUUCGGUCAGCCAUGCAGAGAUCUGCAUCUUCGACGCCGACGCAGAAUGCGACUCCUUUCUUUUCCACCAAUAUCUGGGGGAACAGCAGUAGCUCCAAUUCGAAUUCCAACGCACAGGCGCAAUCGAACCAAGGUGGUCGUAGCUCUAGCAGAUCGCGUCCCGGUACCAGCUCCGGCGACAAAGACAAAGAAAGGGAACCUAACAUCCUAAUUAAAGAACGCGAUCACAAACCUUCUUUUGGGCGCAAACCGUCAUUCUCUUCCCCUUCCAAGGGAAAGCGACGGGGGAGUUCGUCCAAUGCAGGAGCAGGAACGGGAAGUCAGAUCAGGACCGACGCUGCUAUACCUCCCGCUAUCCCCCCUGACUUUGCGCUCGCUGCUGCCGCCAAAUUGGCGAAGGAGUCCGACAUAGUAAUAUCUUCGCCCGCAUCGACCGAUUCCUUUUCUAAGAUGAUAGCCCGCGCCACGCCAACGCCUCUCAACGGCUACUAUCCCGCUUCUACUAUGACCUCUCCCCCCUUAAUUCAAAACGAGAUUCCCUCGCUUCAUCAGCAUAUUCACGAGGUUGCAAAUAAGAGAAUAUCGACUUUGGAUUACCUACGUAAAGCUCAUGAAGGUCGCAUCUACUGGUUUAAUACAUUGCUUUUCGACAAGCCCGACCUGGCUCGUAUGCCAUAUUUCGACAGCCGCAAGCUAGCUCAUCGUGCCACCAACUAUCUCCUACUCGGUCUUUCCCUACCGGCUGUUAUAGACCUCAAUUCGGGCACGCCGUUGGAAUUUCUCCGCUCUCUGAAUACCCUUCUCGCCGAAUUUGAAUCUUAUCAGCAAAUACAUACCGAGAAUGGCGUGAACACGAGCUCGCUUUCCCGCGCCCGCAUACCAAAUAUGUUUCGUAGAGGACCUGGUGGAAAAGGUCGGAGGCAGUCAGGUGCGAACGACUUAUACACGGAUACUAGCAACAACGGUCUCGCCAGCGGCUCGGCUGUGAACUCGAUGCCUACCAACGUUAUCAAUUUCGGGCUCGGUGGUGAGGGCAACGACCUUGUGCCCGGGGAAGAGUAUACGCACCUUCUAACGCCGAAUCUUCCUUUUGAUCCCGACUUUUUCGAAACGUUUGCUACGUUAUGCGAUGUACUAAUCGAUUGCUAUUCGAGACUCAUGUCCCUUCUCCCUACGCCGAAAGACUGUACUCCCAUUAUUGCCGAGCUGUUUACCAAAGCUGAUGCCAAGGUACGCAAGAUGAUUAUCCAGGGCGUGGUUAAGGAAUUCGAAGACUCGAGCCGAACAGGCUUGAAACAGGAGCUCGCUAGCGUGGGCAAGGUGGUGCUCGGUGGCUUGAUAUGAUACCUAGGUAAUAUCUACGUAUAUAUGUAUACGUAGUAGUGGGUUGGUGUUUUGAGGAUCACUUCCGGUUGAGGAUACCAAGUAGCAUGGGUUACAGGGCACAACGGCGUUCAAGUCUUCAGAUGGGAUGUCAUGCAUAUAAUGAUUCAGUACUACUUUACUACAAGGCCUAAUCACGACGAGCAUAUAAAUAUGCCUAAGUACUUAGGCGUUAUUGUUAGGUUACCUAGGCUUUAGACCAACGCUGUCAAUGUAAUAAUACAAACCACAAUGUGGGAACUCGCUUGACAAGCAAGAGACUGGAAGUGACGUCCAUCAGAUACCAUAACGCAUUUGUGUCUUCAACGAGCUAAACCAAUGGCUAGCCUCAGUGCUUGACUCUAAUACUGGUUCUCAUCACAUGAACUUUAAACCCCCACGAUUGCAA